AUUUUGCCGGCGCCGUCUGUGCGUGUUAUCGCUGCUAAUAGGCCCACCAGUGACACCUGCGAGCGAGCCACAGCGAGUGCAUCAGAUAUUCUGACCUGUGCGACGAAUUGUCAAUCUCUGUGCUUGUUGCACACUGUGCGCACUGCCAACUGCACCCGACGCCGCGACGCCACGACGCUGCGACGCCAUCGCCGCGAACCAUGUCAUCCAUGCGCGACAAAGUGGCUGCUCUCAGCGCCAAGCUGAGCGGCAAGAAGAAAAAACGAGGCGGCGGCGACGCCAGCAGCACGGCGAAGCGCUCCAAGAGCGAUGCAGACCCGAGCGCGCGCUACCUCGCCAAUCCCUUGACGGCGCCGAUCGUCCAGCGCUGGCACGCGUACUUCCGGUCGCGGCUGGCGACGCCGCCGCGUGUUUUUGUCGGACCCAAGACGGGCUGGCGCGGAGUGGCCAAGCUCGCGGCACGGCGCGUGAACGGUAGAGUGCUGCUGGGACUCUUCGCGCCGGGCACGCACGACGUCGUGACCAGUGCUUCGACCUCGGCCGCCCACGCGCCCGCGCUGAACACCGCCAUCAAAGCAGUGGAAGCAGCCCUCGCCGAGGAGCGCAUCUACGCCAACGGCGCGGCCGAGGGCGACGGCUCGGUAUCCUACGUCGGUUUGGCCCACGAGUCGACGACGGAUAGGGUCCAGGUCGUCGUCGUCGUGAACGGCGACGACGCGGCGCCGGCGCGGCGCGUGCGGGCGCGCCUCGAGGGCCGCGGCUGGCUCCACUCCUUCUUCGCGCACCUGAACCCCGUGUCGCGCCACGACAACGCCAUCUACGGGCGCGGUGCGUGCCUCCGGGUCCUUUUUUUGGGGGUGUUCAGCUUCGACGGGCGCCGCAUCGACGGCGUGGGAGGGGGUGUUCAUCCCAACGUACGCCAUCGACGCGACACGCAACGCAGGCGGGCCGGAGACGUGGCGCCCCCUGCCCCAGGGAACUUGCGCGAACUUCGCAUGCACCGCGGGGCAAUGCGUGCAGGAGGCGCCGCUCGGCGUGGGCCUCUUCUUCGCGCCGGCGUGCUUCCGCCAGGCGAACCUGGCCCAGUUCGCGGAGAUCGUCAGGGCCAUCCAGAAGGCCGUGCCAAAAAACGCGCGCGUCGUCGAGCUCUACGGCGGCGUGGCCACGAUCGGCGCUCACCUGCUGGAGCGCGCCGCGCGCGUGCGGUGCUCGGACGAGAACCCCUGGAACGCCGCGUGCGUCGACCUGCUGAAGCAAGGUCUUGACGAGGCGCUCGCGGAGAAGCUCUCCUACGAGACGGCGCCGGCCGCGGUCGUCGCGCGGCGCGGCGAUUUGGCCCACGCAGACGUGAUCGUUGUGGACCCGCCGCGCAAGGGGCUCUGCGCGGACGUGCUCAAGGCCCUCCUGCGGCCCGCGCCGAAGCCAAGGAAACUCGUCUACGUGUCCUGCGGCUUCGACGCGCUGCAGCGCGACCUCGCGGCGCUCGUCGCGGGCCGCUGGCGCCUCGACCGCGUCGAGGGCCACGUCUUGUUUCCCGGCGCGGACCACGUGGAAACGCUGGCCGUGCUGGACGAGGGUGGGUAGGUUCGCGGCGUCCUUUUUAUGUCGUCUCCACGCAAGUUGUCGAUGGCGUGGCCGCGCUGCUCCGCGUGUCGAGACUGGUCGGGAGCCAGUUCCUUCUCCUCGUCGUCGGUUCCAGCGAACUCAGAUGCUUUAACUUUGCUGCGCCUCACGUCCCAAACCUCCACGAAGUCCUCCACGCCAUCGACGCGACGUCCAUCCCCCUUGUCCCUUGAAGUUCUACCUUGAAGUAACAUACUCUUUCUUACCAGCCACGGAGACUC